GCUGCGGUCACACACACAGAGCUCUCGUGUUGAGGAGAGGGUCUCGUGUUGUGGAGAGUGUGGGAAUGCGCAUCUGGACCGCGCUGGCUCCUCGGGACAUUUACGCAUCCAGACGCUGCGCUGUAGUUUAUCAGGUCCACCGCGCGCGUCCACUCGGGACAGAGGACUGUACUGUGGAUUUAUGAACAGAAUGGCUGGGAUCAAAGGGCUUCUGAAAAAGCCGAGUAACUUCCAGUCGUCGGCCAUGUUUGAAGGCUCCGAGUGUGUGGAGGUGGAGGGGGUCAGCGUGGACAGCACCAUGGCGUCGUCUGUCAGCGCCUGCAAAAAGGUCCUUUGUGGGAACAGCGUCCUGGACUCCCCUGAUUUCUGGCUGAAGAAUGACAAGACGCUGUGCAGAUUGGGGCUGACGGAGGAGGACAGUGAAUGCACCAUAAUCUGCUUUGUGAACGUGGACUCAAAGAAGACAAACUGCCGUGAAGAACCAAAUCUGAAGAUGUUAUCAAGUGUAUCUCCAGACCUGCCCAGGCUGGUGGAGGUACUGACAUCACAACAGUCCAAAGACAACGAGCUCCUGCUGCUGGACGGCCUGGAGGCCCAGCAGCAACACAAGAGCACAGGCGUGUGUCUGCUCCAGUGUUCCGGACAGAAAAGGCGUACGGAGCCGGCUAACGUCAUUCUGGAGAUCAACAAGUUCCUGAUGGGUUUGCAGUGGGGCCGGGAAAGGCAGCUUCAGCAGCAACAGGGCAGGGCAGUGCAGCGAGCCGAGGAUGAUACAAACCGCUCCAUUUCCUCCAUCGAAGACGACUUCCAGACGGCCUCGGAGCACCUGGGAGAAGACAGCGAGGAUGAUGGCUUUAGGAAUGAGUCUGAGAGCAGUGACCUGGCAGAGACUGUGGCAGAAGGGGCACCGAAACACUCCAUCAGGCUGUGUCAGAGGGGACUGUCUGCUCAACAUCCAACAACCAGCGAAGCCAAGGCAGAGAUAGCACGCCAGGCAAGCCUUCAGACUAAAGAAUCUGCCGGUUACUACGCUACCAACCUCGCAGAGUCGGUACUGCAAGAUGCCUUUAUUCGUCUGUCCCAAGAUGAAUCCUCCUUUGUCUCUGAGGCAGCUGUCAGCGUUUCCCGGACUAGUCCUGCCCAUUCAGAAUCAAGAGGACCCACUCAACAGCGCACCUGCUCUUUCGAACUUCCCAAAAUAGUAAUAGUCCAGAGUCCGGAUAGUUCAGAGGGACCAGGCGAAUGGUCGGAGAGCCAUAGCUCCAACAUAGUCGAUACCGAAGAAUCUGAAACAUCAGAAAAUGGAACUCCUGUACAUAUCGCCCAUCACUGCAGUGCGCAUGCUUCCAAACACGUAGAAGUGGCGUUAGCUUGUGCGGCUAAUGUUAUUGGAACUAUCACCAGCCCUCAAGUUACGGAAAAGCUCGCAAUGGAAUCGGAGGAUGAUAAUGAGGAAGAAGUAAACGAACCCGAGGAGGAAGUGGACUAUUCCUUACCAUCUGCAAUGUGCGGAAUGGCACAGGUCGCAGGGGCUGUGGCUGCGGUUGAACUGACGGAGGAGUCGGGAGAGUGUGUGGAAUCUGAUGUGGAAUCUGUGGACGUCCACGCACCAUCCAGGGGUCUUAUGUCGGCAGUGGAAGCCUCGACAGCCUUCACACUUCACUGCAGCGUAGUGGAGGGCACGAGCGUGGAAGCAUUUCGUGCAAAUAUCGCUGAAAUCUUGCACAGAGAGGCUGCUGAAGUUUUGACGCAACCUCAGGGUUAUAAAAGCAUAGCUCAUUUGCUGGAGACAACCCAUUAUAAAAUCGUAGACGGGAUCACGUGUCCAAAGAAAUGCACUGACGAUAGAGAGGUGGACGAUAUGAUCAAUGAGGUUGCCGAUAGUCUUUUUAAGCAUGCUCUUGAGAAAGCCAGGAAGAAAAAAGAAUUAGAAGGAUGCGGUAAAGAGGUGCCAAGUUUCCAACACUUUUUACAAGAGAGUGUGAAUAACUUGCUUUUUGAUGUUCUUUGCAUUACACAAAAAAAGAUAAAUCAUGUUUCUCGGAGUGAUCAAAGCUUGUCCGACUCCCAAGCAGAUGAAAAUAAUUUGCCUGACACCACCGCCAACAGAAAUGGAAAAUUGCACUGCUUAAUAAAUAGUAACCAGCCUGCUAACAGUGAAAACAGGACAACACAACACAGCGUGAAUAAGGUAACUAUUAUUUCAAAGGAGAGACAUCUCUCUGAGGACAGACAUCACACGAGUCCCCCGCCCCAGAGAGAGCAGGCGAUACUAAGACAAAAUCUGUCCAAGUGUGCGCCAUUGCCUGCCAAGGAAUUCUCAGAGCAUCUUUCCAGCCAGCAAGGUUCCAUCAGGGAUCCUUUGAGUGAGAUUCCGGUUCACUGUGCAGAGAGGAGGGGGCGAUUGGGCACAAGCAGUGACAGCCGACAGUCCUCUUUAACUCCCCAGUCGUCCCUCAACUCGUGCAGUUCUCUGGUCUCGCUCAAAAUGGACACAGACUCCAAGACGCCCAUUACAUGUUACGCAGAGGAUCUGGCUUCAACUGUAGUGUCGAUGGCUACAGAAUUAGCCGCAAUCUGUUUGGAGAAUUCCACUGGGAAGCAGCCGUGGUUUUGUGCUCUGAAAGGGGCAACGACAGAUGGAACUGAGGCCUAUCUGAUUCCAGCUUGUCGCACAGUGCUCCGGAGGAAAGACGGUCCAGGAAGCAAUGCUGCCUCUAAGAAACACAGAGCCCCACGUCUGAGCGAGAUCAAGAGGAAAACAGAAGAGCAGCCGGAGCUAAUGGAGCGCCUGGUGAACAGGGUGGUAGAUGAGACAGUGCAUCCGGAUGAAAUGCAGGACCCCUUCGCAUUGUUCGCUUCAGAGGUCACAGCACGCAUCAUGAACUGCCCAGAACUCAAUGUAGUGGACACAUCCAAAGCAGGGCAACCACGCAGCAGACUCCAAUGUGAGAGGUGGAGUAGGGGGAAGGCGUCAAGCUACGAGAGUAUCCCAGAAGAGGACAGCGACCCAUCGGGCACUGCCAACACGUUAGGCCCUGGAAGUCGCUUAGGUCAGAACUUAAGCCGGGGUAGUUCCAUCUCAAAACAGUCAAGUUGUGAAAGCAUAACCGAUGAGUUCUCUCGAUUCAUGGUAAAUCAAAUGGAGACGGAGGGCAGGGGCUUUGACCUUUUGCUAGACUACUACGCAGGAAAAAAUGCUAGCAGUAUAUUAGCAGCAGCAGUCCAACAAGCUGCUACAAAGAAAAACGGUCAUCUUAAUGUCAGGGCCUCAUCUUGUCUGUCUAAACAGUCUAGUACUGAGAGCAUCACUGAGGAGUUCUAUAGGUUUAUGCUGCGGGACAUGGAUAAGGAAAACAAAGAUUAUGGCAUUGCAAAAACAAAAGAAUGGAGCAAUAGCCUGUUCCCGCCUUCUCCUCGUUCCCCCUUCUGUAUCAGACAGUCCUCAGUGCCCGACCGGCGCUCCUCUGACUCUCGUCUCACUGUCAACUCACCCAUCAAAGCUAACUCUUUCGACGGAUUCGCUCGGAACGUUCACGGGGACACUUUAAAUAUCUACCCCAGCAACUCGGUGUCUGCCACUGGGCUGUGUAAGUCGGACUCUUGCCUGUAUCAGAGGGGAAAAACGGACCAGAUCACGGAUAUGCUGAUUCAUGAGACCUGGUCCAGUUCCAUUGAGUCGCUAAUGAGAAAGAACAAGAUCAUUGCAGAUCCCGAGGACAGUAUUGACCUGGAGGUUUCGGUUGACUCUCAGCCUCAUGUGCAGCAGUUUGCCAAUCGCCUAGCAGCUGACAUCGUGGAUAUCGGGAAAUGUGCUAUUGGAGGGCAGCAGGACAGUAUUGGGGCCAUUUCACAGCCUCACAUGCCCGUAGGGGAGAGGAGAAGGGGGUUCAAACAGUCACAUCUUAGUUGUAGUCGCAGCAAAUCCAGCCAGGAGCAAACCGGGAAUGGAUUUGGCUCAAAAGACAGCGGUUUGCCUCGAGUCAGGGGCCCAAGAGAUGUGCCCUUGAUACACAUAGAGGGGGAUCAGAAAGUGGAGGAGAGCUUACCUCAGCUCGAGAGCAGGGGGGCUGGACCCAAAGACCCUCCACCGGAAAACUCUGCUCCCAAACGGACGGAGAGAGUCAGCAGCAACAGCAGUGAGAGGGACAGAGUGGUGAAGCGGGACAAGCGUUCUCUGAGUGCUAGCAGUGAGGAGAGCAUGGGCAGCUGGUCUCACAUGAGCCCGGAGGAAGACCCGCCCGAGGAGAGCAGUAGUUUUAUCCACCUGAGCGAGGGGAACGGGACGAGCAGCGCCUCCAGUCUGGGCCUAACCGACUUGGAAGCAUUUUCCGAGGUGCCCACUCAAAGCACCUUGAUCAGUGAGCAGACAGAGAGGGGCUAUGCUGCAGUGGUGAGGGGGACUGUCCCUGAGGGCAGUUUGGUGAAGCCAGCAGGGGACAGCACUAACCCCAGGGAGCUCCAGGUGCUGAACUGCGACCUUGACUCGGACUCCAGGGACUGGGAGCUGCGUGUGACUCUGCAGUGGAUCGCUGCCUCUGAGCUGGGCCUGUCUGCGCUCUAUUUUAGGAGGUCCAAAGAGAGAAGGGAGGCCAAGUUUCAGAGAGUGGUUCUGCUGAUGACCCAGAAGGCAUGGAGGGUGGGGGACCUGUUCCGAGCCGUCCUUCAGUUCUGUGAGAAGAGUGAGGAAGAGGAGGAGGAAGAGCAAGGCAGAGUGUCUGGCCUCUUCGACUGGCUCCUGCAGACUUUGUAGAACAAUUUCAAAAGACUCUGCUUGUGUAACUACUACUGAACUAUAAAUGUCAUCCAUGUUCGUCCAGCAAGUGUCUGCAAGCACAACACAACCGACAACUCCCUUUAAGACCUUUUGAUUUAAUUUAAGACGACAAAAUGCAGG